CAUUAUACCAGUAGUGUGGUACAAAAUCAGACAGUUAUAUCCAUAUUAUAGAAAUAAAUAAUAAUAAGUUCUAUUAAAAUAAAGGAUAUCAUUUUUUAAAAAUGAGUCUUGUUGCGUAUGGGAGUAGUGAUGAAAGUUCAGACGAUGAAGGUAUAAAUUGUGAUACAGAAAACGAAAAUAUAAUUACAUCAGAGGUUAUAGUUCAACGAACAAACGAUAAACUACGUUUACCUGCACCAAGAUAUGAUACAGAUAAUGAUAAAAUUGACGAUACUAGUACUGACAUGCAAAUAACCGAAAUAAAUGAAUCUUCGGAGAAGAUACAUUUCAAUAAACUACCUAAACCGAAAAAUUCAACUAGGAACGUAGAGGAUUUCAUAGAGGAGGAUGAUAUUCUCCCUAAAAAGGAAAUUGAAUUAAAAGCUGAGAAACUGAUAAAAAGAGGUCGAGCUCCAGUCAAAAUAACAGUUCCUUCACUGUCUGAGUUUAAAGAUCUUGAGAAUGAUAAUGAAUCAAAAAUCAACAAAAUUAAGCCAUCAAAUAAAGGAACAAAGCUGUUUGCACUCUUACCACCACCUAAAGGAACAGAUGUUAAAAGUACUAAUAGUUUAAUUCCUAGUGCUGUAAAAACAACUGCUAAAACUGCUCAGCCAAAAGUUCAACCUGUUACAAACAUGUCUACUAAAGAUUUAAAUAUACGAAAGGUGACAAAACUAACAACAAAGGGUUCAUUAGGUGUAAGUUAUGAUUCUAACUCUGAAGAUGAAGAUGAUAUAAGUAUUGCAAAUAGUGGUAAGAAUUCCACUACAGAUUUCUUUGCUUUAGAAGCAACUAAUAGUGUUGCUGGUUUGGAUAUGCCAGAAUCCUCAAAUACCAGCAUAGGUUUAAGUAAGUUCAAUUCGGAACUUGAGAAUGAUCCCAAACAGACUGAUAGCACAUUUGUCUACUUAGCAGAUAGCUCUGAUCCAAAUAUAACAAAAACUAAUAAUCCUCAAAAAACGUUAGUGAGCAAUAUUAUGAACUUACCAAAAGAAGAGAUAUUAUUAAAAAACAAAGCAGAAGUAGGUCCAAAAUUACCUAUACCUGAACAAGAAUAUAAUGUAGAUAUAGAAGGAAACGUGGCCUUUGAUGAUAAAGCUAUUGAGUAUCUCUGUGGGAGAAGAGGAAUGAAACGAAAACCUAAAGAAAUCGAAGAAGCAAAUGUUAUUGAAAUAAAUGGAGAAGAUAUCAAACCUGACGAAAGGGAGUGGUUAGUGAAAGCUUUGACUGAGGAACCUGUACAAAGACCAAUUUCUAUGCAAAGUGGAGGGGUGAAUUCGCAAUCUAAGAAGAAGCAUCAAAUAACGUACUUAGCGCAUCAAGCUAAGGCCAUGGAGAUGGAAUUAAAGAAUCAAUGGGCACAAAAUAGGCUGACCAGGAAACAAACGCAGUCGAAAUAUGGUUUUUAAAUAUAGAAAUCUUGUACAAAAUUGUA